AUGUCACUGCAAUUCCAAAACGACUGUGGCGACUCUGUAAAGCAGGCCAUUAUAGAGGAUCUGCAGAAUCUGCUUAGUCCGGACACAUCGACGCUCCAGCAGGCAGAAAGACGCAUCAAGCAGCUAGAAUUCACAGAAGGAUAUGGCGUCUAUUUGUCGGAGAUUAUAAUGAAUCAGUCGCAAGAGCUGCCGCUGCGACAAAUCGCCAUUGUCAUGUUGACUCGAUAUGUGGAGGCUCAUUGGACUGAACUGGAGGACAGAGAAAAUGGUUGCUUGGCCAGUGAACAGGCAAAAAGGACCAUUCGAAAUAUAUUGCCCAACGGCUUGUACGAUCCCAAUUCAAAGAUACGUUCAUCCGUGGCCCAUACGAUAUCCACAAUUGCGGCCACAGACUAUCCCCAAUGCUGGGCAGAGCUGUUCGAUAUAAUUGUAAAAUGCCUGGGGGGCAAUGAAGACUCUAUCCACGGGGCAUUGCAGGUCCUGCAGGAGUUCAUCUACGAUGUCCAGCAAAUCAAGGAAUUGGGACCGGUGGUAAUUCCAGAAGUGUACCGCAUUUUCGACUCUGAGCAAAACUAUUCGAUCAAGACAAGAGCAUCGGCCAUACGGAUACUGAAGCCUCUGUUAAGAUCAAUAGGGACAUUGAUUACUGACAAGCAAGAGCAGAGCACCAUGAUCAGUUCCAUCCUAAAUAAUUUCAUGGAAAAGCUAAUGCACUAUCUGAGCAUGAACAGUGCCUCGGGAUCCAACUUUUUAUUGCGCUCAGAGAUUAUCAAAGUAUUUACCCAUCUUGUCACCGAUAUGCCUAAAUAUAUAAAUCCGUAUAUGGAUCGCAUUUUACCCAUCAUCUGGCAAUUGCUUACCCAGAUAGCGGAAACGUAUGUUAAGGUCUCGGUUAAUCAGACUGAGGCCAAUCCCUUGGCUACUGGCGACAGCGAGGACGACGACGAGCAAACAAACUUUCAAACUCUAAUCAUACAGAUUCUAGAGUUCAUCAAUUGUAUUCUCACAUGCGGAAAACUUCGUGGCAGCAUGAAGAACGUUCUAGCCGAUUUAAUAUAUAUCACAAUUGUGUAUAUUCAGCUAAGUGAAGAGCAGUUGGAGGAUUGGCAAGACGAUCCCGAGAAAUUUGUGGACGAUGAGGACGAUGGCGGAGUAGAGCUAACAGUGCGCGUCUGUGGUCGGGAUGUUCUCCUGGCAAUCAAUGAUGAAUUUGGCAUCAAGGCCAUUCAGCCGCUACAGGAGGCAUUGGGUCGUCAUUUUAGCGUAGCGGAGGCCGAAAAGGCGGCCAACAAUCCAAACUGGUGGAAAAUCCAGGAAGCCUGCAUGGAGGCCGUACACUCUUUCCGCGAUGUCAUCGUUGAUGACGAAUCGAAAUUCGAUUUGCUCAACUAUCUGACAAUUGUGCGCAACCUGCUAGUGCAUCAAGAGCUGCCUCAUUUAGUGGGUCGCUCCCUUUGGACGCUAAGCACCUAUUCCAGUUCGGAAUUGUACAAUCCACAGAUGUUGUCGGAAAUUCUGGAUGUAACCCUAUGCAGCCUGUCGCCGGAAAAAUUCCUUAUUCUGCGUAUUAGUGCUGUGCGUUCCUUCCAUGGCUUCUUGCAGGCCAACGAGUCGGUGGAGGGCCAAAAGCGAACCUUGCUAGUGUCCAAGCUGCCAGGAUUUCUCGAUGGCAUAAUGGCUCUGGUGCCAGGGUGUAAGGCUAGUGUGUUGGCUUUGCUUAUGGAGGCUCUUACCAUGAUGGUUAAGUUUGAUGCUGACUUUGCCUAUGCUGCCCAUGGCAAGAUAAUUCCACUGGUGAUCGCCGUCUUUCUCAAAUACGCCGAGGAUCCCUAUGUGCUGGAGAACGUCCAGGACCUAAUCAAGGCCCUGUGCCAGCGCAAGCAGUGUCUCGGACCAUUGCAGGAAAAAUUCAUACCCACCAUUGUGAGCAUUUUGUCGCUCACCGGGGAACCGGCCAAAGAGAAGCAGGACAUUGCUCUAGACAUUCUGAACACCAUUGUGAAGUACACGGAGGCUCCCCUGCCCAGCAUUAUGCUGGAUACUGUCUUUCCCGCCAUGAUGAAUUGUGUUCUGCAAACGGAUGACCACGCCGUGAUGGUGUCCGGCGGGGAAUGCCUGCGUAGUUUCAUCAAUGUGUCACCCGAACAGAUAUGCAGCUACAAGAACGGGGAAGGAGUUAAUUGUAUUAUGCAGGUGGCUGCCAUUCUACUCAAUCCCAUGGACAGCGAGAUGACAGCGGCCGGCCAGAUUGGUCGUCUGAUAAUCACGAUUAUCACAAAGAUGGGCAACAUGCUGGGCGAGAAUGUGGACAUGCUCCUCAAGGCUGUGAUCAGCAAGAUGCAGAAUCUCGAAUGCCUUAAAGUUAUUAUGAACCUGGUCUUGAUAUUCGCCCAUCUCUUCCUUACUCAAAUGGACGCUGUGCUAAAUUUUCUAUCGACAGUACCGGGUCCAAAUGGUGAGCCAGCCAUGCAAUUUGUCCUUACCAAUUGGCUGUCGCGGCAGAAUUCCUUCUUUGGCAUGUACGAGCGCAAGGUUACCACAAUGGCGCUAUGCAAACUCUUUGAAUAUGGCGUAGCUACUCAGGAUAAUCGGUUGACCUCCAUCACCUACAAGGAACAGGUGGAGGAAACUAGCGAUGACCGACGACGCACCCGUUCUGUGGCAUCGAAUCAGAAAUGGGUCACUGUCACCAUUCCUGCUCUGGUCAAAAUCUUCAAGGUUCUUAUCUCAGAGUAUCAGCAUUUCGAAGAGAGUAAAACGGCGGACGAAGGGUGCACAGAUUCGGAGGACGACAAUGACGACGCUGUGGAUGAUGGUCCAGGGAGUGCGUCUAAACCACGAUACAUCUCCGAUCUGUGCUUUGAGACCGAUGAUGACUCUGCCGAGGAUGAGCAACUAUUGCAGGAACUGCUCAAGGAGUCCAACUAUCAAGGUGACAUUGCCGAGAAUCUGCAAAAGUUCUUGACCAAUUUUGCCCAAAACGAGCACUUUCCCAACUUCUAUGAACAUCUCAAUGAGUCUGAGCGCUGCACUUUGCUUUCCAAGGUCCAGCAGCAACCGAAAUAAACACAAAAUCCAUCACAAAUUCGAUUCAUGCACAGAUAUUUCGCAAAAUUUUGUUUUUGUUAAUCUUAUUUAAUUGUUCCUACUCACUCUCACAUGCAAAUAUGUAAAUCUAUUCUCCUAACAUGAUGUGUGACAAUCCAAACAAUGAUUAUAAAAUGAAAGCCAACCAUAGGAUGAAGGCAUUUUCUAGAUAUUAUUCUUUUUAAAAUUGUUAUUCCAAAGAAACGGACCCCAUUAAAAUAAUAAAAAUCUUUUGUAGCUUCGA